GCGGCCAUCACUCUGACGUGUGAACGGACUUUCUGCAUCGCUAUAAGAAACACCAUUAUUUCUCCGAGAAAGCACCGAGCUCGAUUCUCCUGAAGACUUCAACAAAGCCAGCAGCCUGAUUUUAUAUAAUUUUUAAAUAUGGAGCACAAAUUAUUUAUUUCAUUUUUCCUAAUCAGCACAGCACUCAGUAUCAUUAGAACAGAGUUCUAUUCCUCCAUAGACCACAUGACUGGACUCAUUUUUACACAAAGAGAGCUUGUCUCCUCCUUGCAGGAUUAUAUCGCGGCAGAGGGAGCACAUAUCGAGAAAUUAAAGAGAUGCCUUCGGAUGUUUGAGAACGUUAGCAAAAGCGUCCCUUCACAUCCCGAAACGUACAUGAGCAAUCCUGUGACGGCAUACAAGUUUGUGAGGAGACUGAGGAACGCAUGGAUCAAGGUGGAGGAACUGGCUCAUUCGAGUCCUUCCAAAGAAUUCCUGUCCUUGAUAUCUGCAAAGUCACAGCGGAUCCCAGAUGAUACGGAUUUAGACGGGAUAACGUUGGGGCUGCUCAGGCUUCAGGAGACUUACAAGCUGCCCCCAGAGAAAAUGAGAGCACUAGCCCCCACAGCUGAGGAAUUCUUAGACCCAGACGACUCCUUCCACGUGGCCAGAGUUGCUCAUGAAAACCACAAGUUCCUCUAUGCCUUUCUGUGGAUGCAAGAUGCUCACAGACAGCUGGAUGAGGGAAAAGCUGCAGGAGUUUCCCAGAAGGAGGUGCUUCGAUUCCUGGCACACUUCGCCUUUCAGAUGGGAGAACUUCCUCUUGCUUUUCAGCUGACGAAAGACCUGCUGGACCUGGAUCCCAGUGAUGACAUCAUACCGUACCAACUGGCCUACUACCAAAGAUUGAGAGAGAGUGUUCAGAGAUGGCACAGUGCUCCGGCCCAAGUUGCCAACUUCGACAUUUUUAUGCCAAGUGACAAGAGAAACAUAUAUGAGGCUCUCUGCAGGGGUGACGGCGAACAAGUGACCUCCAGGAGACAGAGGGCGCUGUCCUGCAGAUACAGCACAGGUGGAGGGAACCCACGGCUCAUCUAUGCCCCAAUUAAGGAGGAGGAAGAAUGGGCCCAUCCCCAUAUCAUUAGAUAUCAUGACCUUUUAUCUGACAUGGAAAUUGACAUCAUAAAAAACAUUUCCAGAUUAAAGCUUCAAAGAGCUAUGGUUUUGGACAAAGAAACUGGGAAGAGACAUGCUUCUGAAGAUCGUGUUUCAAAAAGUGCAUGGCUGUCGGAAAAGGAUGACGGUGUCGUCGCACGUAUCAGUCAGAGGAUUGCGGAUGCCACCGGCCUGGAGAUGGAAACAGCCGAGGAUCUUCAGGUCGCAAAUUAUGGAAUCGGAGGCCAAUAUGAACCACACUAUGAUUCAAAGUUGCCUAAUGACACAGAAUUUUUGGCAAAUGGAGGUAGGAUCGCCACAGUCUUAAUUUAUAUGAGUGAUGUCGAAAUGGGAGGUGCCACCGUAUUUCCUCUAAUAGGUGCUGCUCUGAAACCUAAGAAGGGAUCUGCUGUGUUCUGGUACAACCUUUUAAGAAACGGACAGGAGGAUGAACGAACCCUUCAUGCAGCCUGUCCGGUCCUCACGGGUAGCAAGUGGGUUUCAAACAUAUGGAUCCGAGAACGAGGGCAGGAAUUCAAGAGGAGAUGCGGUUUAUCCCAGUCUGACUGAAAACCUUAAUCCUGUCGAUAUCUUGCUGGUUCACCCUGCCCAUAGAAUUUCUAAAUCAGCCCGCAAUGAUAAGUCACCAGUGACUGCAUGCUGACACAAUGGGCUUAUUGCAAACUGACAAUUAUCUGCACUCCAUGUUCACACACAACGAUGUUUGUUCACUCACUCUAUUGUGCUUCUUUAUGACUUAAAAACCGCAUUGCCACAUGUGGCGGUGUGAGUUAAAGGCUGUUUAAGCCCUGUUAUCAGUCAUCCAGUAAUUAUUUGACUGCUUGGAAGAUUAUGUGACAUGAAAUAUCAUCAAUAAAGUGUCUUUUUGUAA